GAUGGUUGUCAGCAGGCUGGAAUGCGCCACUCACACUGUGCAGUCCCCUGCUCUCCUGCACUAGCACACACACACACGCGCGCACACACACACACACACCUCGCUCAUACCUCGAUCAUACCUCGCCUUCUUUCCCACUUCCAAAAGCAGCGAAAUAUUAAGAUUAUUUCCAUCUGAGUGGGAAGACGCUUAUUGCCUAUUGCCUCUCAGAAUGUCAGACUUAACCACGACUGUGAUGCCAGAAAAUGCCACAUCUUGUCAGGAUUGGGAGAAAGCUCAUCACCUACUCUUCCAUCUGGGCAACUUAAGUUUAGUUGUGGGCCUGCUCAUUCCCACCACUGUGGGCCUGCACAUGAUCCUCCUCAGACUUCUACUGAUGACAGGUUGCUGCUUGUUUAUUGCCUGGGCAACUCUCUACAGGUGCACCCUAGAUGUGAUGGUUUGGAAUGCUGUGUUCCUUGUAGUCAACUUCAUGCAUUUCUUCUACUUGCUGUACAAACGCAGACCUAUUAAGAUUGACCGGGAACUGAGAUCAGUGUAUAAGCGGAUGUUUGAACCCCUGCAUGUACGUGAAGCUUUGUUCCAGAGGCUCACUGGUCAGUUCUGCACCAUCCAGACACUUAAGAAAGGCCAAGUGUAUGCUGCCGAGGAUAAAACCUCAGUGGAUGAACGCCUUAGCAUUCUACUCAAGGGAAAAAUGAAGGUGUCAUAUCGUGGCCAUUUUCUUCACAACAUUUACACUAACGCCUUUAUUGACUCACCUGAAUUCAGAUCAACUCAGCUAAACAAGGGAGAAAAGUUUCAGGUGACAAUCACAGCUGAGGAAACUUGUAAAUACCUGUGCUGGUCAAGAGAGAGGCUGACCUACUUUCUGGAGUCUGAUUCAUUUCUGAAUGAGGUGUUCAGGUACCUCAUCGGCAAGGACAUUACUAACAAGCUGUACUCCUUGAAUGACCCCACUCUUAGUGACAAGGCAGUAAAGAAGAUGGAGAGGCAGCCAAGUCUGUGCUCCCAGCACUCCAUGAUGCAGAUGAGAAACAGCAUGGCUAGCACCAGUGACACAGAUGAUGUGCUGAAUCAGAUUCUGAGAGGCGGAUCAGGUGGUUCAUCAAUUCAAAAAAAUCCACUCGGCAAGGCGACCAUGAAACCUAUUGAAGAAGCCAUUGAAGAUGAUGUUUUUGAAGUUGACUCAGCUAAUGACUCCCAAGAUGUCCCAGAACAGGUGUAGAAUCAAAUUGCAGAUGACCUGCAGCCUCAAAUUAUAUUUGGUGGACGGCUGUGUGUGAAAACAGUGCAUGCUGUUAUGCAUCAGAAAUUACAUCUGGACUGGGAUACUAUCAUAUAUGUUCUCUCUAAAAUAUACAGAAUAGACAGUAGGUCCAAGCAGAGAUUCAUGUCAUGAAACCACGUUGCAUCAUAGACUGGGCUGGCUCUGGAAUGGCUUAACCAAUUCAUAUUGUUUUUACUGAGAGCAAGAGGCACAUUUAGCUUCUUUAAGUAUACUGAUAUAUAUUAUUAUAUUAUAUAUAAAUAUAUACAUAAUCCGUAUUUGGAAUAUUAUUUAGCGUAUUAUCACUUUGGUACAUAAUCUUUAUUAGGAAAUGUAAACACUGUUUAACCUUUUGUUUUUCCUUUGAUUCAUUUUACCUGUGGAUUGUACAUUAAUUAAAGAAAAAACAUACAACCAAAAACUAAUAAAAAAAAAAAAAAAACAAAUAAAAAAAUCUACACCCUGAGCAGCAUGCAUAGUAAGUUUUAUAAUUAACACAUGGCCUUUCGAGUUGUGCAACAGAAAAGUGUUUGAAUCCCAAAACUUCCACAGGCAUCUGCAGGCAGGAGUCAAGAGUGUCAUGGACAGAAUACCACGUUUCCCCUGUCAGCCACACUAAUCACCAGCUAACCCUGGUACAUUACACCCCCAUGAAAAAUGCACCCAUUCUGGCAGUUUUGAUUAAUUUCAGUUUAAUAUAUUCAAAGAAAUAACAGAAAUCUAAAUAUUAUGAUACUAAAUUAGUUAAAGAUUAAGACUUCCCUUUAUAAGGGCCUCGAAGUAAAAACCUUGCAAAUGAUUGGUUAAUGAUGUGACUGCACAUAAAAUAUCACAAACACACUUAAGUCACUUUAUUAUAUUUAAAGUCUGGCACUAUGACAAGACAAAGGAUUCCUGAGAACUUCUGUGGUUUUUUUGCAUUCAAUCACAAGAUAAAAAAAAAAUACUAUCACACUUUAAAAAUGUAAGAAACCAAAUGUACAGUUUAACUCUCUGGUUUGAAAAAGUACACAAGAUUAUUGAGUCACAACAAUGUUAGCAAUUUCUCCAAUUCAUUUAAUCAUUUUAACAACAACAAAAAAAAUUUACAAUAAUUUGCUCGUUUAAACAGAAAAAAAAACCAUAUCAGUAGGUAAGUUUAAAAGAGAAGACUUUUAGAUCUAAAACUGUCAAGAGAAAGAAAAAAAAAAAACUGUGGUUAGAAGGUGAUUAGAUUAGAUUUUAGUUCGAAUGGUUGAAAUGUUUUGGACCAAAGACAAGCAGAAAGUGUGACAACAAAGGCCUAAGGUCAAUUAUGCAUGUCAUUGUGUGUGUGCUUGUGCUCAGAGGUUCAUAAAUUGGA